AUGAAGCGCCAGUUCCGGCAGCACUUCCAGGGUCCAUACAGCCAGCAAGGGGAGAGUUCGGCGCUGCGUCGCACCUGGCUCGUCUUGGAGUAUCAGCGGAGGAAUGGUGACGUCGAGACCAAAUCCAUCGACCUGCUGAACCUGACGCCAGAGACGGAUGUGGAGGUUCUCAUCAACCAGAUAGUUUUUGAGGAGCCGCUGAUAUCUGAGAACAAGAAGGACACGCUCCGAAAGAUGAUCUACAAGCUCAUCGAGAAGAUAGACAACAAGGAUUCCCAGCGGUUCUACCUCUUCAAGAUCCUCAGAGCGCACAUCUUGCCUCUGACCAACUGCGCCUUCAACAAGUCCGGAUCACGGUUCAUCACCGGCUCGUACGACCGGACCUGCCGGGUCUGGGAUACACUGGAAUGUGGUGUACGCCAUAGCCUUCAACAAUCCGUUCGGUGA